AUUAUACAGAGAUAUUUAGCCUAAUAGAAGCCGACAGAUCAUUCAGGGCAGUAAUGUACUCCGGCUUCAAGCGUUCAGUUUCCUCAGCCUGAACUCUCAGAUUAAAGGCUCCUUGCCCGCGCCCGCCCCACAACGAUGCCUGUGACCUUGACUGCAGUGAUGGGGGAUCCCAUGGCCAUGUCCUGGCUGCCCUGAGUCUGUGAGGCCACACAGCCCCCCACCUGCAUCUACAGGGCUCUGUCCCUGUGCAGCCCCUGGACCAACUUCCAAGCCCACUCCUCACCCCAGGGGACUCCUCAAGCUUCAGGACUCAGAGGGGCACAGUAGCAGUCACGUGCAUGCUGGGACCGCGACCAAUAGGCUGCUGCUCCCUGGGCCCCCAGAGGCUGAUCUGUUUGCCUCCUGGUGCCGUCUGACCCAGGUGAGCGAGAGGAUGCUGGCGGGGGGCGCGAGGAGCAUGCCCAGCCCCCUCCUGGCCUGCUGGCAGCCCAUCCUCCUGCUGGUGCUGGGCUCGGUGCUGUCAGGCUCGGCCACCGGCUGCCCGCCCCGCUGUGAGUGCUCAGCCCAGGAGCGUGCCGUGCUCUGCCACCGCAAGCGCUUCGUGGCGGUUCCUGAGGGUAUCCCCACUGAGACCCGCCUGCUGGACCUGGGCAAGAACCGCAUCAAGACGCUCAACCAGGACGAGUUCGCCAGCUUCCCGCACCUGGAAGAGCUGGAGCUCAAUGAGAACAUCGUGAGCGCCGUGGAGCCCGGCGCCUUCAACAACCUCUUCAGCCUGCGGACUCUGGGGCUGCGCAGCAACCGGCUGAAGCUCAUCCCCCUCGGCGUCUUCACGGGCCUCAGUAACCUGACCAAGCUGGACAUCAGCGAGAACAAGAUCGUCAUCCUGCUGGACUACAUGUUCCAGGACCUGUACAACCUCAAGUCACUGGAGGUCGGCGACAACGACCUCGUCUACAUCUCCCACCGGGCCUUCAGCGGCCUCAACAGCCUGGAGCAGCUGACGCUGGAGAAAUGCAACCUGACCUCCAUCCCCACUGAGGCGCUGUCCCACCUGCACAGCCUCAUCGUCCUGAGGCUCCGGCACCUCAACAUCAACGCCAUUCGGGACUACUCCUUCAAGAGGUUGUACCGGCUCAAGGUCUUGGAGAUCUCCCACUGGCCCUAUUUGGACACCAUGACACCCAACUGCCUCUACGGCCUCAAUCUGACCUCCCUGUCCAUCACCCACUGCAACCUGACCGCCGUGCCCUACCUGGCCGUGCGCCACCUGGUCUAUCUCCGCUUCCUCAACCUCUCCUACAAUCCCAUCAGCACCAUCGAGGGCUCCAUGUUGCAUGAGCUGCUGCGGCUGCAGGAGAUCCAGCUGGUGGGUGGGCAGCUGGCUGUGGUGGAGCCCUACGCCUUCCGCGGCCUCAACUACCUGCGCGUGCUCAACGUCUCGGGUAACCAGCUGACCACCCUGGAGGAGUCGGCCUUCCACUCGGUGGGCAACCUGGAGACGCUCAUCCUGGACUCCAACCCGCUGGCCUGCGACUGCCGGCUCCUGUGGGUGUUCCGGCGCCGCUGGCGUCUCAACUUCAACCGGCAGCAGCCCACGUGCGCCACGCCCGAAUUCGUCCAGGGCAAGGAGUUCAAGGACUUCCCCGACGUGCUCCUGCCCAACUACUUCACCUGCCGUCGCGCCCGCAUCCGGGACCGCAAGGCGCAGCAGGUGUUCGUGGACGAGGGCCACACGGUGCAGUUUGUGUGCCGGGCGGACGGCGACCCGCCGCCCGCCAUCCUCUGGCUCUCGCCCCGCAAGCACCUGGUUUCGGCCAAGAGCAACGGGCGGCUCACAGUCUUCCCCGACGGCACGCUGGAGGUGCGCUACGCCCAGGUGCAGGACAACGGCACGUACCUGUGCAUCGCGGCCAACGCGGGCGGCAACGACUCGAUGCCGGCCCACCUGCACGUGCGUAGCUACUCGCCCGACUGGCCCCAUCAGCCCAACAAGACCUUCGCUUUCAUCUCAAACCAGCCGGGCGAGGGAGAGGCCAACAGCACCCGAGCCACCGUGCCUUUCCCCUUCGACAUCAAGACCCUCAUCAUCGCCACUACCAUGGGCUUUAUCUCUUUCCUGGGCGUCGUCCUGUUCUGCCUGGUGCUGUUGUUCCUCUGGAGCCGGGGCAAGGGCAACACGAAGCACAACAUCGAGAUCGAGUACGUGCCCCGCAAGUCGGAUGCGGGCAUCAGCUCCGCCGACGCGCCCCGCAAGUUCAACAUGAAGAUGAUCUGAGGACGGGGUGGGGGCGGGGGGCAGGGGCCCCCGGGGCAGGCCGGGCAGGGGAAGGGGCCUGGCCGCCGAGCACUCGCUCCUCAGCCCUUCCCGCCGCUCCCCUGGCCCUCCACACACAUCCCUGUUCCCUGCGGCUCCCUCCCAACCCCCACCCCCUGCCGGUCCUCACCGCCUGCCCUCUGUCUACCAGGACCUCCGCAGGCCAGGCCUGGGGACCCCACCUGCACAGGGCCACACGUUGACAGACUGGAGUCAGAAGCCGACAGACCGACAUGUGGCACAGUCAAUAAUUCAAUAAAAAAAAGUUACGAACUUCCUCUGUAACUUGGGUUUCAAUAAUUAUGGAUUUUUAUGAAAACUUGAAAUAAUAAAAA